UGAUCUUGCUGUUUGUAUACUCUUUUACAUUGUUGAUAUAGUAUUAGGAUACAAGACUAUCUUUCAACUUUUUUUUUCUUACUUGCCGUUGUUGCGAGUGUAGCCUCAUUUAUUCUUUAUUUCGCUACCUCUCUUUACAUCAAAAUAAUUCAGCAUGGUGCUGCCAGUCACGAGUGCCAACAAUGUCAAAGUAUAUACUGUUUCAGGUGGUUUAGGAUCUCGAACUAUUCCUGAUUGGAUCGUACGCAAGAACCGAAAACAAUUAAGAAAAGAUCACGAGUUUCAAAGUCGUAUCGAACUUAUUCAGGAUUUCGAAUUUCCUGAAGCGUCCAAUCGUAUCAAAGUCACUCGGGACGGUAACUAUGCCAUUGCUACAGGCACCUAUAAACCACAAAUGCGAGUAUAUGAUUUUGCCGAAGUGUCCAUGAAGUUCGAACGUCAUUGUGACCAUGAAAACGUUAAUUUUGAGAUCUUGUCAGACGAUUGGACAAAAACGGUGCAUUUGCAAAACGAUCGUUGGGUCGAGUUUCACACACAGAGCGGCAUUCACUAUAAAACUCGUAUUCCAAAGUACGGUCGUGAUUUGGCAUACCACUACCCUUCGUGCGACUUGCUUGUGGGCGCCUCAAGCCCUGAAGUCUAUCGACUGAAUUUGGACCAGGGCCGAUUUUCCACCUCGAUCCAAACCGACGCCACCGAAGGUGUCAAUUGUGCCGAGAUCAAUCCAGCACACCAGUUAUUUGGUUUUGGUACCGGCAACGGUACGAUUGAAUUAUGGGAUCCACGAUCGCGCGCACGUGUUGGCUUAUUGUCAGAUAUGCCCGUUCCAGCAACGUUUGGACAAGAAGCACCUACACAAGUAUCAGCGCUCAAGUUCCGAAGCGAUGGUUUGACUAUGGCAGCUGGUACCUCUACCGGCCAUACGUUGUUGUUUGAUUUGCGUGCCAGUGUGCCAUACUUGGUCAAGGAUCAUCAGUACGGCUUACCUAUCAAGUCAAUCAAUUUCCACGAAGGCACCGAAGCGAGCCGCAUGGUUGUUUCGGACAACAAGAUUAUCAAGAUCUGGGAUCGUCAAUCGGGCAAACAUUUCACAUCCAUCGAACCUGAAACUGACAUUAACGAUGUAUGCGUGGUCGAGAACAGCGGUUUGUUGUUCACGGCUCAAGAGGGUAUCCAAAUGGGCGCUUACUAUAUUCCACAACUGGGCCCUGCACCACGCUUUGCUUCGUUCUUGGAUAACAUUACUGAAGAGAUGGAGGAACGCCCAACGCAGGAUGUCUACGAUCAGUACAAGUUUAUCACACGCAAGGAGUUGACAGCAUUGAAUUUGGAACACUUGAUGGGCACCAAUGUACUCAAGGCGUACAUGCACGGUUUCUUUAUCGAUCUGCGAUUGUAUGAAAAGGCCCGUCUGAUUGCCAAUCCAUUUGCUUACGACGACUACAAGGAACGUACCGUGCGCGAAAAAAUGGAAAAGGACCGCGAGUCGCGUAUUCGUGUCAACAACAAGCUGCCUGCUGUCAACAAGAAUUUGGCCAAGAAGUUUUUGGAUGAAAAGAACAACAAGAAUAAUAAGAAGAAGGGCGGAUCAGAAGUGCUUGCAGAUGACCGUUUCAAGGAUCUGUUUAGCAACCCUGACUUCCAAGUCGAUGAGGCGUCCAAGGAGUAUCAAUUAUUACAUCCAGCACAAAUUAAAAAGCGACGCGUGGAACGAUCGGAUGAUGAAGAGUCUGAAGGAGAGGACGAGGAUACACAAGAGGGAGGAGAGGAAGGCGACGAAGACUCUGAUCGCAACUCACUUAUUGACAGUGAAAGUGGAGGCGACAGUGACAGCGACGAUGAUCUUGUUUCCAAGAUUCGCAAGGAACGCGGGUUGCAUAUUCGUGAAAAGAAAAAGGCACGCAUGUCGAUACGAUCGGACGUGGCUGCGGCGUCAUCGAGAGGCUUUCGAGGAGCAGACUAUAAACGUAAACCCGAAAUGCGCAUGGGAUCUGAAGGCGGUCGCAUGUCCAACAGGAACGAUUCUAGAAAGUCGUUUGGUGCACGUGUCAACGCAGAGGAUACUCGACGACGGACACAAGGAAACCAGCGUGUAUCACGGACAGCCAUGGGUGGUAUGGAAAUGUCAUUCCAACCACAAGCGCGUCGUGGACGUGGUGGUGGUGGCGGCGCUCGCGGUGGUAGAGGGCGUGGCCGUGGCCGUGGCCGUGGACGCGGGCGUCCUUAAGAAAAAAAACCGUUCUUUUAUGUUUUCCGCCUUUCUUUCUUUUUCAAUGUAGCAUUAAAUUCAUUGUAAUUUCUAUUUUUUUCCUCUUUUUUUU